AUGAACUUGUCUUUCUCCAGUUCCUUCCUCUUCUGUUCCUCCCUCUCUCUUCUCUUCCUCCUCUUCCUCCUGGCGCCUCGGUGCCAGACGCACCCGGAGCCGUGCCACCUGCUGGCAAGAAUCGGGCACACGUUGCGCCUGGGCGCUCUGCUGCCCACCCGCCAGCCCGCCCGCGUCCAGGCGGCGCUCGGCCGGGCCCUGCUGCACCUGCAGCACGCGCACUCCACCCUGCUGCCUUACAACCUGAGCGUGGAGGUGGUGUGGGGGGGUCCGCGGAGAGCGGGAGACCCUGAGACGGCGCUCAGGUGCGUGUGUGAGGAGCUGGUGGUGAACGGCGUGUCGGCUGUGCUGGCGUUCCCACAGAGCCGCGACGAGCUCCUGCAGGUGGAGUUCAUGGCCACGUUUCUGGAGAUUCCCUUCAUCAGCAUCAUCGAGCAGGGAGAGCCAAUCAGGACGCAGAACCGUUUCCACCUGCAGAUGACUACACGGGUUCCCCCGUCCGGCCUGGCGGAGCUGCUGCUGGCAGUGUUGGUGAGGGAGGGGUGGCAGGGGGGCGCUGCUGUCCUCUGCCCCGGUUCUGAGGAUUCUGGGAUAUUAGAGCACCUCCAGCACCAGGGCAGGAUCGGCCUGGAAGGGGCACAUUGGCACCUUUGGGAAACACUUAAUCUCUCCCACCGACAGAGGGCAGCAGAGAGCCGAGAAGAAGAGGACAAUGGGGAAGAAGAGGUGACCGAGCUCCUCUCCCAACUCUUGAGCCGGACCCCCUCCGCGCUGGCCUCCAGCGUCCUCCUGUUCGGCUCUGACCCAGAGUGCGUGGCCACCGUCCUGCGGGGGGCGUCCCAGCUCAGCCUGACCCUUCACCCCACGCACUGGAUCAUGGGGUUCCCCCUCAGUCUGGACGCUCUGCACUCCAUAGGCUCCCCACUGGGCCUGCUGGCCUAUGGAGAGGUCAACCGCAAACCGCUCAACUUCUACAUCCGCGACGCACUGCAGCUGAUCGGCCGAGCCGUGUUCACCGCCACGGCGAUCAGACCCGACCUGGCGCUCAUCCAGAACGUGGUCAACUGCCUUGAUAAGCCCAAUAAACAUGAGGUUCCCUCGUCCGGACAGUACCUGGCCAGAUUCCUGUCCAAUAUGUCAUUUGAUGGUCUAACAGGCCAAAUUCAGGUUCAGCAUUGGCACUCCAGAGUCCUAACCACCCAGCGCUUCCACAUAUGGAGCCUGCAGAGGGAUGCUAUGGGUCAACCAAGUUGGGUGACCGUGGCUGGCUAUCAGGCUGGCCGCCUGGAAGUGGAAGAACAGGGCCUUUGGCCCGGAGUGACCCAGCGUGUGUCAGAUGAAAGCCCCGGAAUCCAUCCUGGAGGCCGCUGGCAGCCUGGACUCCCGGUGGCUGGCAGCAGACUUCGCGUUGUGACCUUAGUGGAGCAUCCAUUUGUUUUUACGAGAGAAGUGGAUGAUGACGGUCAAUGUCCAGCUGGCCAGCUGUGCUUGGACCCUCAUACCAACAGCUCGGAUGUUCUAAACCACCUUUUUAGGGAGCUGGAGCAAGCAAAUAGCAGCAGCAGUAGCAACUCCAUCCCUUCUGAGAUUCGCAAGUGUUGCUACGGCUACUGUAUAGACCUUCUGGAGAAGCUAGCGGAGGACAUGCAGUUUGAGUUUGACCUCUAUAUCGUAGGUGACGGUAAAUAUGGAGCGUGGAAAGGGGGCAGAUGGACCGGGCUGGUGGGGGACUUGCUCAGCGGAGCGGCCGACAUGGCCGUCACAAGCUUUAGCAUCAACUCAGCACGUAGCAAAGUCAUUGACUUCACCAGCCCGUUCUUCUCCACCAGCCUGGGCAUUCUGGUGCGAAGUAAAGACACAGCCGCCCCGAUUGGGGCCUUCAUGUGGCCUCUGCACUGGUCAAUGUGGGUUGGGAUCUUUGUGGCGCUUCAUAUAACGGCCCUUUUCCUCACGCUGUAUGAGUGGAACAGUCCCUUUGGCAUGACGCCACAUGGACGAAACCGUGUCCGGGUCUUUUCCUACUCGUCCGCGCUCAACCUCUGCUACGCCAUCCUGUUUGGCCGGACAGUGGCCAGCAAAACGCCAAAGUGCUGGACAGGACGCUUUCUGAUGAACCUUUGGGCUAUUUUCUGUCUGCUGGUUCUGUCCAGCUACACGGCUAACUUAGCAGCGGUCAUGGUGGGAGAAAAAACCUUUGAAGAGGUUUCAGGGAUUCAUGAUGCAAAGCUCCACCACCCGUCUCUGGGGUUCCGCUUCGGGACGGUUCGGGAGAGCAGCGCUGAGGAUUACAUGAAGAAAAGCUUCCCUGAGAUGCACGAGUACAUGAGACGCUUCAACAAACCCACCACGCCAGAAGGGGUCGCCACUCUCAAGACAGAUCCGGCUCAGUUGGACGCCUUCAUCAUGGACAAAGCCCUGCUGGACUACGAGGUGUCCAUAGAUGCCGACUGCAAGCUGCUGACCGUGGGCAAGCCCUUCGCUAUCGAAGGUUAUGGGAUCGGUCUGCCCCAGAACUCUCCUCUGACCCGUAAUGUGUCCGAGUACGUUAGCCGCUAUAAGUCUGAUGGCUACAUGGACAUGCUGCACGACAAGUGGUACAAAGUGGUCCCAUGUGGGAAGAGGGUCUUCGCCGUGACAGAGACUCUGCAGAUGGGUAUCCAGCAUUUCUCCGGGCUGUUCGUGCUGCUGUGUGUGGGCGUGGCCGGGGCGUUACUCUCCCUGCUGGGUGAACACGCCUUCUACCGCUUCAUACUGCCUCACCUGCGCCACCAGCACAGGCUCAGGUACUGGCUCCACACCAGCCAGAAGAUCCAUCGGGCCUUAAACAUGGUGUGUGAUGAGGACAGUAAAGCAGAGGCAGCUAUUACAGACAGAAGCCCCUCUUUGUGUCUGUCAGAAAACUGUAACCUCCACCGCGUUCGCACUGCUGUGCCCUCCAUCUCCACCUCCAGCAACUACAGCUCUGCUCCGAGGUGGAACAACGAGAGCACCAAGGCUGAGCUUAAGGAUGCCAACCAUAAGCGUGUCCACUUCAACCUGGAGACCCUAAACAGUUACCGGCUGGACCAGGGCAGGAGGGGUUUGGUGGGCAGCCCCCCGACCCAGCUGUGUGCCAACGGUGGUCCCACUCCCGGACUCAGCCUGGUUCUCUCCCCACCAUCUGGAGCCUCUGGACGCCCCUCCUCUCCUUGGGAGCUAGAGCUCCAAGAGCUCCAGGUGAGGAUCGAGGAGUUUCGUGGCCAGCUCAGGGCCGCCCUGGCCAGGAGAGCAGAGCUCCAGAGGACUCUGGAGAAAGAGAGACAGAGCAGGACAGAGGGUCAGAACCGGGGGAUUUCAAACACCAUCCCUGCUGGACUCUCUAACUCGUCCACUGCCUCCAAUGUGGCAGCCAAAGACAUCAACAAGAGGAGAUGA